ACUACACCUUAAAACUAUUUUGAGACUUCUAUUUUUCAAUUACAUUUUAGCUUCCACCGACAAGAUUAUCCCGGUUGCAAGUUUGAUGUCCUGGUAUGGUGCUCAGGCUUACUGCCGAAAAUACUACACAGAUCUUGCCAGCUCAACCACGGCCACACAGAACAGCCAGCUAGAGCAGGUGUUUUUGCUACAGGGAAGUUCCUGGUUUGGAUUGUUUAGAGACACUUGGAAAUGGGUGGACAAUCCCUUGCAGGAUGCUACAAACCUUCAAUGGUAUACUGGGCAGCCCAAUAAUUUUGCGGGUAAUGAGGACUGUGUUGUAAUUUUUAAUGGGCUGCUUGUGGAUCGGCCAUGUAUGAACCUGAAUUUUUUCUUCUGUCACACCAUUAUUCGAGUGCAAGAACAGCAAAUAUUAAAAUUGCAUGUAAAUUCUGAUGAGAGUGUGUUUGAUCCAUUUGUGCAGGCUGCCAUGUUAAAGCUGAUUAAGCAGAAACUGGAGGAAUAUGGCAUGUUAAAGAACACCACAGUGACCUGGAGAUUGCAGCCAAAUGGAAACAUCUUCAACAAACAAACAAAUAAAAAAGAUGACAUUUAAACACAAAAUAAUGACAUUCUUUUUAGCCUAGAUUUCAAGGCACAAAAUUAAGCUUUAAAAAACUUAAUAUUAUAUAACAAUUAAAUAUUUUUUAUUUAUAAA